GGUGCCGCACACCGUAGUUCAGUGUUGUAGCGCAGACACAACACACAGGUUCUUUCUGCUCCAUAUACACCUAUACAAACUUACAUACAUACAUACGCACAACCGUGAUUCAAGUUCAUCACGUGAUUUGUCUGAGUGAGAAAACAAUAUAAACAUCUCCAAGUGUUAAACAAGUACUUUAUUGAAUAUUCUAUAUUGUACAGGCAUGGCGCUUGUUGCGCCCCAACCCCAUAUAUCUGCAUCAGUUUGGAGAGAUUCAUCAAUGAUCUCUUCUUCUCCGAUCUCGUCCACAACAGGACAGCUCAUGUCCAGUGGAACCUUUUCUCCACCCCACUCUAAAACUGAGUACAUUACUCACACCAAGUCUGAGUAUCUGACCCAUACCAAGUCUGAGUACGGAGAUAUAAAAUCCUUGUCCCAAAGUAAUUCAGGACUUAUUUCUCCGACAACAACAUGUAUUCCGUCUUCAAACAUGUCCCAGUCCUCGGACGGAGAUUCAUCGAACCUGAAGGACGGAGAACUCGGAGAAGGAGAUCUAAUAUGUGUUGUUUGCGGAGAUAAAUCCAGUGGAAAACAUUACGGGCAGGUCACCUGCGAGGGUUGUAAAAGUUUUUUCAAGAGAUCUGUGAGACGGAACCUAUCCUACCAGUGUAGAGGAAACAAGAACUGUCCAAUAGAUCAACAUCAUAGGAACCAGUGUCAGCACUGUAGGCUCAAGAAAUGUUUUAAGACCGGGAUGAGGAAGGAAGCAGUGCAGCCAGGACGUAUUCCUCCACAUCAAAGUUUGAUGGGAUUCCCUGGUUUUGGUUCUCCUGAUCUAGGAGCUCCAUCAGGAUACCUCUCCUCGUAUAUAUCCAUGCUGCUCCGGGCUGAACCUUACACUACUAGAUACGGUCAACUCCAGAUGCAGAAUAAUAUGACAGGAAUAGAUAAUAUUUGCGAGAUGGCUGCUAGGCUCAUGUUCUCCUCCGUAGAGUGGACUAGAAAUAUCCCUGGGUUCCCGGAGCUCCAGGUUACAGAUCAGGUUGCACUACUCAGAUUAGUCUGGUCAGAACUAUUUGUACUCAAUGCUGCUCAGUGUAACAUGCCGCUACAUAUUGCUCCGCUCCUGGCUGCUGCAGGAUUACAUGCUGCUCCUAUGGCAGCUGACCGAGUUGUAGCUUUUAUGGAUCAUAUUAGAAUAUUUCAAGAACAGGUUGAGAAGCUAAAAUCUCUUCAUGUAGAUGCUGCUGAAUAUUCUUGUAUGAAGGCAAUAGUUCUCUUUACUACAGAUGCUAUUGGCCUUACUUCACCUCCAGUUAUAGAGCAGUUACAGGAGAAAUCUCAGUGUGCUCUGGAGGAGUACUGUAGAACCCAGUAUCCUAAUCAACCCACCAGGUUCGGAAAACUUCUCCUCCGUCUCCCCUCCUUGAGAACUGUAUCCGCCUCUGUGAUAGAACAACUAUUCUUCGUGAGAUUAGUUGGGAAAACUCCGAUAGAAACCUUGAUCAGGGAUAUGCUCCUCUCAGGGAACACCUUCCAGUGGCCCAGCUCAUCUAUGGGAUGCUACAUGUAAACCUAGGAUAAACAGUUUACACCCUACACAAGAAUAUUCCUGCUUGUCCCAUCUUCAGAUCUCAAGAAUAGUUAAUUCAGGAGAAGUAGAAGAACUACUCUACUCUUCAUAUCCAUCUUUUCCAACCCAUCCUUUUCCUUCUCAAUUCCUCCUACUCUGAAGAUAAAUCCCUGUUCUCAAUGUAUCCUGUAUAUGUAUAACUGAUGUGAGAUAACCCCAUCUAAGGCUAGAAACCCAACCUAUCUGUAUGGUUGAGUUAACCUCCCUCCUGGACGGGUAUCUAGUAUCCGAAUGAUCUGCUGAACCCUGUAUUUAUGAAUAGAGAUGUUCUCCGUCUCUAACCUCUCUCAGCUUGACUCAACCAAUGAAUAGUGAGGUAGUAAACCUAUCAGUAGAUCCAUAAACAUUUUCAUACAUAGAUGUUUCUCUGUCUACUCCUCCAACCACCUGGAGUUAUAAUCCAACCCGUAGCUCUCAGGGGUCAACAUUUACUCCGGGUAGAACUAGAGUACGCUCCGUUCCUCCGUCUUACAACUGUGAUAAAUAUAAAAGUUCUGGGUGAACAUUUUUCCUCAUUACUCACCCUGUGUAUACAGGGUGAAGUAAUUUUAGUAUUUUAUGUGCUGAAAAUUCUGUACUUUACAAGGAUGUUCUGUUUAAACCUACAGAUAUAAUCUUGUCAAGAUCACCCUGUAUCUACCUAAAAAAAAUAUUUUGUUCUAGUGUUUAUAAUAUUUUACUUUUAAGAAUAUGAAAUAUAUUGUUGCGUGA